GUCAUUUUAGUUUUGCAGCAUAUUCCUUCACUGACGGAGAACAGCUUUGCUUUACUUUUGACUGCAGCUGCAAAUGGAAAUGUUUAAAAUACUACUUUUGACAGUGGCAGUCAUUGCAGCAGUAAAAUCUCAAAAUGCGGCUGAUGAUCCCUCAACCAAACCGCUUUUAACCCAGACCCCAGAUGUCCCAGUGAUUUACACAGGAGAAAAUCUAACAUUUAAUUGUAAAUCCGAGAAGCAGUCGUUAGGCUGGGAAUAUCUCUUCUUUAGAGAUUCAGAGCAGAUUAACACUGACACCAGCGCAAACAGUUUUUCUGUCACAUCAGACAGUGGAAAAUACUGCUGUCAAACAAAAAAAAAUAAUUUCACCUCUGGCCAAAGUGAUGAACGCACAGUAACUUUCAAAGACCCCCCCAGUGUUAAAGUCGUGUCAAACUGGACAGAUGCUUUCAUUGGUGAAACAGUGACUUUGAAGUGUGAGAUUCAAGAUACAUCAGAAAAAUGGAUGUAUACGUGGUUCAAGGAUGGAAACAUUGCCUCUAGUGGUCCUGACACACAGAUAAAUGGAAACACUCCGUCAAUCUCUGUUAAACCCAACCAAAGUGGGACAUACACAUAUGUUUGUCAAGCUGAGCUGGAGGGCAGGUCGGUGAAGACUAAAGAAAGCUCAUCACAUUCGUUUAAAGUUCAUGAUAUUCCUAUCCCAAAGCUGACCGUGGAUCCAACCUGGAAAGAGUUUUUCCCAAAUGAGCAAAUCACCAUGCAGUGUGGAUUUGGAAGCAGUUCUGACGGCUGGUCCUUUGAAUGGACCAAAAAUGGCAAACAAAUUAUAACAAACCCUACUUUAACCAUCAUAGCAAAGAGUUCAUCUGACUCUGGACAAUAUGCAUGCAAAGGAAAACGUAAUGGCAGAUCAGUUGUUACCCAACAGAGUGAUGUAUUUCAACUUAAUGUAAAAAAUUCCACGCCUGAACCAGCCAUACGACCAAACCCAUCAUUUGAGUUUUUCUACACUGGUGAACAAGUCCAGCUUACUUGCAACAUGUCAGGUGCCGCAUGGGAAUAUUAUUGGUACAAAGACUCAAAGCAAACAAAACCUAUUGCAAAUAAAAAUUAUAUUAUUAAUUCAACAUCGGUCCAUGACACUGGUGAAUAUCACUGCGAAGCAAAGAGAGGCAACUUCUUUAUCAACAGUGGGAAAAUGAAAGUGCAAGUUAAAGCUCUUUCAGCAACUUCACUGAACCUGGUCACUGAAUUGAGUGACAUCAUCGCUGGAAAUAUCCUGACACUGAAUUGUAAGGUUUUAGAUGAUAAUACAUGGAAUUACACCUGGUUUGAGAACAGUCAGGAGCUGAAUGAAUCUUCAAGUACAUUAAAGGUCAAAUCAACCGAAGAAACUAUUAAAAAUGAAUUUAAAUGCAGAGGGAAAAGGACAGAACGACCGCUGUACUCCUCUUUGAGUGAUCCGUUCAUGGUAGAUAACAUUUUGUUCAAAAGAAAAAUACUGCUGGCCAUUUCAGGCUGUUUUGUCUGCUGUUUUGUCAUUUUGAUCAUUGGAUGCAUCGUACUGAAAAUCACUCGUAAACCAGAAAAGAAAGAGCCAGUUCGUGAAGACUUGUUUAUCUCAGUAGCAGAUUCCAAGAACCAAACUGCUUCACCCUUGACGGAGUACAUGGACAAAAAACCAUUAGAAAAAGAAUCUGAGGAAAAAGAAGAACUGCAGCUGGAUCGUAUUUCUGUCACUCAUGUUGAUGGUGUGAUAAAGGAUGAAGAUUCACCAUCAGCAGAAACAUCUGGCCUAACAUCUUUCAAAUAGCAACCUAAAGCAAUUUGUGAAAACAAUCAACAUCAAGACAAAGCUUCCCUCUUUUCUACUAAAGCAGUUAAAGUAGCACGUGCAUUAUUAAUAAAACUGAAUCAUGUAUUAUAGCAU